GCUGCCGCUAGUCAGUGUAGCGAGCGACUUGUGCCUGUGUAGAGCGUAACUGUUUGCUGUUAUAUGGCCGAUGGACUCGACAUGACAACAUACUCGUAAGCGAACAGUAUACAGUAGGCGACGAGGGCUGUAACUAUGACGAAAACUAGCAAACGGCAGCAGAAGCACAAAAAUGUGCAGAGCCUUCGUAGUAAGGCUGGCGGCUCUGCUGCUGGGCAGGCAAACGGCCUUGACUUGCUCUCGGAUGAGUUAAAGCAGCAAUAUGAAGAUUCGGGUGUAAACCCUUUGGACCUUAUCAUUACGUCGAAGUCAAAGUCAAAGACGCCGAAGCAGGGAGACGCUGAGGAUCAGUCCGGCUCGCAACCCCAGGAGCUCAGCAAAUCCCAGCUGCGCAAGCUGAAGCAGGUCCAGCUGAAGAAGGAGCGGCGCGAUAACAUCUCUCAGGUGCUAGCCCAGCUGAACACCCACGCUGCCAGCGACACCGCGCUGGCGCUGCUGCGGCCGCUGCACCAGCGGGGCCACCGGGAAACCAAGAAGCAGCGGCUGCGGCGGGAGCUGCAGCUGCAGCGGGCGGGACUGGCAGGGGAGGGAGCAGCAGCAGCAGGCGCAGCAGGGGAGAGUGAACUGCUGCGGAGGCGGAGGGUGCGGGAGGCGGAGGAGAGCGAGGAGGAGGAGGAGGAGGAGGAGGAGAGCGGCAGUGAGGAAGAGGAAGAUGAGGAGCAGCAGCAGCCAGCGGCGGCAGCGGGGGUGAAGACGGAGACGGCCGCAAAGGGAGGCCACAACAGCAGCAGCGGCGACAAUGACGAUGCUGAUGCUGAUGCUGAUGAUGAUGACCAGGAGGAGGAGGACGCCGCGGAUGGCGAGGUCAGCUCGCAGGCAGCAAAGCGGCAGCAGCCGAAGGCCGCCGCCGCCGGCGUCGCCGUCGCUGGCGCGACCAAGGACCCCGCCGCCGCUCGUCGGGAGGCGCUGCAAGCCGCACGUCGCGAAGCCGACUGCAUUCGCGCGACGGAACUCGAUGGCGCCGUGCCUGCCGUACAAGACGACCGACUCCGGGAGGGUGGUGCCGAGGUGGCGGCGGCGCGGGCGCAGGCGGCCGCCGCCGCGGCGGCGGCGGCGGCCUACCCCCACCGUGUCGUACACAUCUCCCGUCCCGCCGCCAUGGCGGAGGCGCGUGCUGCGCUGCCUAUCAGUGGUCAGGAGGCGGACAUCAUGGAAGCUGUGUUGGCGCAUGAUGUGGUGGUGUUGGCGGGGGAGACAGGCUGCGGCAAGACGACACAGGUUCCGCAAUUCCUGCUAGAGGCUGGCUACGGCUGCCGCUCCUUCCCCGAGCGGGCGGGUGCGGUGGGGGUGACGCAGCCGCGGCGUGUGGCGGCGGUCAGCACCGCGCAACGUGUAGCUGAGGAGCUGGGGUGCGGCAUCGGGGAGAUGGUGGGGUACCAGGUCCGCUACGACCGCUGUGUGGGUGCCGCCACCGCGCUCAAGUUCAUGACGGACGGCAUCCUGCUCCGCGAGCUGCAACUGGACUUCUCGCUGGCGGCCUACAGCGUGGUCAUCGUGGACGAGGCGCACGAGCGGGCGCUGAACACCGACCUGCUGCUGGGCAUGCUCUCCCGCGUCGUACCGCUGCGACGGCGCCUGUGGCGCGAGCAGCAGGAGGCGAUCGCGCGCGGCGAGCGACCCACGGGUCAGCUCGUCUACCCGCUCAAGCUCAUCAUCAUGAGUGCCACGCUGCGUACGGCAGACUUCACGGAGAACAAGCGGCUGUUUGCCGUACCGCCGCCCGUGAUCAAUGUCCCCGCCCGACAGUUCCCGGUGACGGUGCACUUCAGUCGCCGCACUGAGUUGCAUGACUACGUGGGUGCGGCUUUCCGCAAGGUCACCCGCAUCCAUGCAGAGCUCCCCCCGGGCGGUGUGCUGGUGUUUCUGACGGGGCAGCGGGAGGUGGAGCAGCUCUGCAGGCGGCUGCGGAAACACUACCAGGACAGGGACAGGAG